AAUGCUUCUAACUUCACAUCUAAAUAUAUAACCGCGUUUAUGCAUUAUUUUAUUCAAAAAACAUAAAUUAAUAUCUUAUUUAGUGAACCCUUUGUGCGAUUUAAUAUUUUCAGUUUUUAAAAGUAAUAUUGAAUUAACCCGUUUUAGUGAAGCUUUGCAGUAAUGGAUACCUUUUCCUCGAAAAAGCCAAAAAAUGAAGAUCUUGAAGUAACAGGAAUAUCAAGGAGUGGAAGAGUCAGAAAAAAAUCUUCAAAGUUGAUGGACUUUGAAUCGCCAGACGAAAUAGAAAGAAAUUUUAACAAAAAGUCACCAGUUGCACAUAGAAAACAAGAACAUUUUGAAGGUUUACCUAAGAAACAAAAAUAUGAUGAGAUGUACCAGAAAGACGAUCACUACGAUAUGGAUGAUAGUCACUCUGAUACCAGUGAUUACGAGCCGAAUACAAACGCUACUGAAUCCAGCAUUGACGAAUCGGUGGAAUCUGAUAGUGAUUACGAAGAUAAUGAAGGUUUUAGAAGAUUAGAUGCGAAUUCUUCAAAGAAGAAGCUGGUCAUCAAAGAUGGUAAAAUAAUCAAGCCAGACAAAUUAAAAGGAAAGGACAAAGACACAUUUUCAAAUUUUCAAAAGUCACUAGCAUCAUCGAAGACUCCCACGAAAACUUUCAGUAAGAAGACAGUGCCAAACAAGACUCCUCCUGGUCCUUUACAGCCUUUCCAGCUUGGAUUACCGAACUAUGAAAAUAUCAACGUUUCACCACCUAGUCCUCGAGGGAAGGAUUCGCCAUUUAAAGUAAACGGUAUCAAGCCUAUAGACGUUGCUGCCCAUUUAAAGCUUCUAGGCGAAAGUUUGACGAUUAUAGGAGAGCGUCUCAAGGAGCAUGAGGGACAAAUUGCUGUAUCAGGAAGUUUAUCAGUGCUCUUGGAUUCGCUUUUGUGCGCAUUGGGACCUUUACUCUGUCUCACACAACAGAUUCCCGAGCUGCAGGAAAAUUGUUGUACUCCAGAAGAGUUAAUGAGCACUCUCGACAAUGUGGCGUUUAUCAUGCCGGGACUUUAGUGGGACGUUAAAUAGUUUUGAUACACUUAAGGUUGUACAGUUUAUUGGUAAUAUUAGAAAUAUAUGUUUAUAUACUUCCUUCUCCUUUUGGACAAAUAAGAAAGCAAUACUGGUUAACUUACGCAAGGUGUACAAAAAAUAAAAUCAAUUUACUGAUUCGUUAA